GUCGAACUAUCGCGUCAACAAGAAUGCGUUUCUUGAAUUGUUGAACGUUGUUGCUCCACAUAUAAAGGGCUCAUCAAUUCCUGCGCAACUACAACUGGUAGCCACACUGAGGUUUUUGGCGGAAGGUGGCUUCCAAAAGGCAGUGGGAAAGGAUGUUUGAAUAACAAUGGGUCGGAGCACAGUUGCAAAAGUCAUAAAAUGUGUGUUGAACAUUUUGGAAAAAUAUAUUUGCCCAAGGUGGAUCAGCUUAAUUAUGACAACAGAAGAGCAGAAUCAAUCAAAAAUACAUUUCCAUCAAAAAUUUGGUAUUCCCGGUAUUAUUGGUUGCAUCGACGGUACCCACAUACGAAUUACAAAGCCGCAUAAGGACCCCAACCUAUUUUACAACAGAAAGGGAUUUUUUAGCAUCAAUGCCAUGAUUAUAUGUGAUUAUAAUAUGGCAAUAAAGGCAGUAGAUGCUCGCCGGCCUGGCUCGAGUCAUGAUGCCCUUAUUUGGAGUGUAAGUAGUGCUCGUUCAUAUUUUCAAUCCUGCUACGAAAAUGGCAUACGUGGCUCUUGGCUUUUGGGUGAUGCUGGGUAUGCUCUUCAACCUUAUUUGUUCACUCCAUUCAGAGAUCCCGAAAUUGGGACACCUCACUACAUAUUUAAUCAAAGGCAUUCUUCGGCACGCAAUGUUGUAGAGAGAACAAUUGGCGUUUUAAAAAGCCGGUUUAGGUGCUUAGCUCGGUGUCUUCAAUACCAGCCACAAAAGGUGGCGCAAAUAACGAAUGUUUGCUGCGCUUUGCAUAAUGUUUGCAAACAUUACAAAGUGCAAGAAAUAGUUGUUGCAGAUCUUGUUCCCGAAGAAAAUGAACUUGCGAGUUUUGAAAUAGUAAACGAUGCCAUACCUGACAGUGAAGCUGCAAUCAUUAGAGAGGAAAUCGCGAAUCGCCUUCACUCACAAAGUUAA